AUGGUUGCAGUUGACGAAGAAAGUCAGCCCUUCAUGGGGCAAAAUGAAAGAAAGAUCAAGAGAAACAGGCUGUUUAUAUUUACAGCUUCAGUUAUUAUGUUUAUGUUUAUCUCUGCUACCGCCUCGCUUCCGUUCAAAAGGGUUGCUAUUGACAUAUACUCCGAGAAUGAUACUGAACCUCACCUAGUGGUGGGACACCAAGGCGCAGUAGCAGUUGAGUUAAAAGAAUGCUCUGAUGCAGGACUUGAUAUAUUGAAGGAUGGUGGAGGCGCUGUUGAUGCAGCCAUUGCUUCUGCUCUCUGUAUUGGCGUCGUCAAUAGCUUUGCAACAGGUAUCGGAGGUGGUGGAUUCAUGCUUAUUCGUUCACCCAAUGGAACCUUUGAGUUUAUUGAUUUUCGUGAAUCAGCGCCUGCUGCAUCACAUAAAGAUAUGUUUGUCAAUGAUCCAAUGGCAGCUCAAAGGGGAGGUUUGGCUGUAGGAGUACCUGGAGAAAUAAGAGGAUUUCAGUUGGCACAUGAAAGAUACGGAAAGCUUCCUUGGAAGGAUUUAUUUGCUUCUGCUAUCAAGGUUGCAGAAGAAGGAUUUGAAGUAACAGACUUGCUCUACAGCAAAUUACUGAAAUCAAAACUUUGGAUCGAAAAAGAACCAGGAUUUGCAGAAGUUUAUGCUCCUACAGGUGUUAUAGCUCAACCAGGCGAUAUUAUCAAAAGAACUAAACUGGCCCAGACAUUGAAGGUCAUUGCAGAAGAAGGAGCUGAUGUGUUUUAUGAGGGCAUAAUUGCCCAAACAAUUGUCAAUGCAACACAAGCAGCUGGCGGUAUUCUAACAAUGGAAGAUAUGAGAAAUUAUAAACCUCUUAUCCGUCCUACGAUCAGUACCUCUUAUCACGGUAAAAAAGUGGUUACAUGCUCAGCACCUACAAGUGGGCCAGCGCUUCUUAGUGUAUUGAACAUUAUUGAAGCCUACAACUUUCAAAAUGACGGCCCGACUGCCCUGAAUAUACAUAGACUUGUCGAAGCUCUCAAAUUUGGAUAUGCAUUUAGAACUGAAUUGGGUGAUCCCGACUUUAUUCAUAACCAGAAACGUAUAGAAGAAAUCAUCAGCAAGGAUUGGGCUGACUACGUUCGCAAGAAUAUAUCAGAUGAUAGAACAUUUGAACCCUUAUAUUACCAUCCUAAAUUCGAUACAAAAGAUCCUCAUGGAACCAUGCACCUUUCAGUUAUAGAUAAAGAGGAUGGCGCUGUGUCGCUUACAUCUACAGUGAAUUUGAUGUUUGGUGCAAAGUUUAUGGAUCCUGUGACAGGCAUCAUCUUAAACGACGAAAUGGAUGAUUUCUCUAUCCCGGGAAUUCCUAAUAACUUUGGAUUGUAUCCAAGUGUAUACAACUAUGCUGCACCUGGUAAACGACCCUUAUCUACUAUCACACCAACUAUUAUCGAAGGAGAAAAUAACAAGCUUGAAAUGGCUGUUGGAGGCUCAGGAGGAUCACAAAUAUUGACAGCUACAUUGAAUGUUAUCUUGAACACAUACGACUUUGGUGACAAUGUGUUUGAUGCUGUCAGUGCACCUAGAAUUCACCAUCAACUAUUUCCCAAUGUUGUAGGAUUUGAGACAGGUUAUGAUGUGAAUAUAUUAAAUCAAUUAGAGAAAAUAGGCCAUACUCUGCAAAACUUGGCUGAAACGGGUACUGUCUCAGCAUCACAAGCUAUUAGAAAGUUCUCUAAUGGUACUUUACAUGCUGCUAGCGAUCCGAGAAAGAAGGGGGUUGCUGCUGCUUAUUAA